AUGGAGCAUUCGUCGCCGUUGGCUGCCAUGCAGCCGCCGUCCGUCAUGUUUGGUCACUGCUUUGGCUCGGACGCCCCUCAGUUUCGUUCCUUUGGAAGUAUGGGCGGCUUUGGUCCCAGUAGCUUCAAUUUCAAAGAUUUGUCCAUGAAGAAAUCCAGUUCAGAUUACUUUACCGUCAAGCAGAUUCCCGGCCCAUCGCCCGCUGCCAGUCUUGCCGCAGACUUGUCUCAGAACUUCCACAUUGAUCAAAGCCCGCAAUUGGCCACGCCUCGUCGGUCUUUGUUCUCAACCAACCUUUUCUGUGAUGGACGACGUGAAGAAUUCAUGACCACCCCUCCGUUGCCGGCCUCCUCGCCUUGUGUGGACACCAUGGAGAUGUCUCCUCUUCCACACAAGCUUCCGUAUAGUCUAUCUACCGAAGUGAUACUUCACUCUCCCACCCCGGAUUCCCUGGAUUCGCCAAUGGUGGAGGGUAUCCGCAGUCCUCUGCAGGCCUCGCUUAUGGAAGAUGCCCAACCAACCCCCAUUCAAGAACGAAACCGACGACCUCCACUCUUGCGUCCGUCCCUGGUCCGAACCAAAGCUUAUUCCACCCAGUUGGGCGUGCCUCGAAUGGCCCAGGAAAGCCAGGCCCCUCCUUUCAAGUUUGGCAACGGUAGCAGUGGUUUGUCCAACUCCAUGUCUCUCGGUGACAUGUUCAAUGAAUCUCCGCCGCAAGAACGAGUCAUGACAAAGACCUCUUCCGCCAACUUGCUUGGUCCCCGUUUGAGACAGCCCUUCCCCAGCCGAAACAGUGGCUCGGCCUCUCCAGUCCCCAGUGCUGUGCGGAAACACUCCAGCGGAAACCCAUUCAUGCGUCCUCGCAAGCAAUGCCGACGUUCCCUGAGUAUGUUUGAGCACCCGGAGGACGUGGUACGCUCAAAGGAAGCCGAUAUAGUGCCGGAACCCACCCUAGCAUCCAUCAUGGACGAGGAACCUGCCUACCAACUCCAGCUACCCCAUUUUACCCCGGCGGACCAGCCAGACAGCUUGCCACGAAUCAAUAACUCUGUUCUGGUCGACAUCCUUGAUGGCAAGCUCAAGGAUAGCCUACAAAACGUGGUUGUUAUUGAUUGCCGAUUUGAAUAUGAAUACGAGGGUGGUCACAUUAACGGUGCCAUCAACCACACUGACAAAGAGAUCCUGGCCAGUCAGCUUUUUACCGACCCAAAACCAAACACGACUCUUAUUUUCCACUGCGAGUACUCGGCUCACCGGGCACCGAUCAUGGCGUCCUUUAUCCGUCACAAGGACCGCGCGUACAAUAUUGAACAUUAUCCAAAACUGACUUUUCCGGAAAUGUACAUUCUAGACGGCGGGUACAGUGCGUUCUUUGCUGAUCAUCGACCUCACUGCUACCCCCAGAACUAUGUCGAAAUGUCAUCCAAGGAACACGAACAUGCAUGCGAACGAGGGCUUGGAAAAGUCAAACAACGAUCAAAGUUCAUCCGCGCCCAAACCUUUGCCUUUGGACAACAGUCUCCCCCCAUGGAAGACAGCCCGACGGGACGAUGCCGCAAUACCAAUGAGCGACUUCGUGGACUGGAUUCACCAUUUGGCACGCCCGACUCUGGCCGUGCUUCUGGUCGCCGCAUGCUUUCUUAUUAG